AUGGAGCAAACAGCGUUUGUACACCCGACGCUAAUGACAACUACCUAUGCCCUCUGUAAGUUAAUUUCCUUACAAUGGCAUGUAUACAGCCUUGCACCACUGGACGAUGGGAGUGUAAGAAAGAAAAAGACUGAGAUCAAGAAAGGACCAAAAGGUAGUUGUGAGGCAAGAGAGACAGAAGAGACGGCUCUGACGGUCUUUUUUCAGCGUCUACAGCAGCGUAAUGUUGUGUGUGUCCUUCUAGACGCUCAAAAAUACACGACGUCGUCUGUAGUGCCGUCUACUAGCUCUGGAGAACUGUGGAUUUUUAUUGUCAAUGGGAUGCAGAAUGGAACAGCAUUUGAGCCACCUACAGGGGUCCGGGAGAUACAGACGGGAUCUUGGAUCAAGGAUACAAAGCCUCUUAAUACAGUAGCUCAAAAGCAUUUUUUUGCUGCGUUGACGUUGGUUCUUGGCCGAAUAUUGCUUGCUCAAGACGAGUUUGUGCUCACUGACGAUGGAUUUUACGAACCGAACGACGCCAGUUUUAUUUUCCGCUGUCCGUCACUGACGAGACUUAACCACGUAGAAGUAUAUCUAGAGGAAGAGUUUCCAAAACCAGCAUUUCAAUUGCAUUUUAGACUGUUUGAACCGAGCGAUUGGCUGACUGUUGCAGUGGAUAUAGUGACGAAGGAAGGAUUAAUGGCAUCGGAUAGUGUAAUUAGUGCGGAACUGGGAGACAUGAGGUGUUCUUGGGAACGGCUUGUAGGUUUGCCGACGCAAAAGGAUUACUCGAUGGUGGAUGUGUGGCACGUGAAGGACGGCUUGGUGCCGCGCAUUAUUGCUGAGACAAAGUUUGCAGAUGUGGUGCCGUUGUUCAGCACAAUCUCGAAGCGGAUACAUAAGUGGAAAACGGAUGAUGAUGAAGGCAGCGAAAAUGAGGAGGAUGUUAAAAAAGACGAGAACGAAGAAGAUGCAGAUGAGGACGAAGUUGACAACAACCAGGAGGCUGACGUGGAAACCGACGAAUUACUACGGCGCCCUGAAACUGGUGGAGCGGUAAAGACAAAACGGAAUCGUGACCGUGCUGAUUUCACGGAGAACGAUGAAACGUUUGCACCAACGUCUCCCGACACACAUGUAAAUACACCUAAUGCAGCUGGUCCAGUUAUCCAGGUGAUGCUCCCUCAUGACGACGACUUACACUUGCGAGUAGACGCUAAUGUUAGACGCUUCAAACGACGGCGAAGGGGCUAUAAUGGGAAAGCAGCCGACAAUUUGGGGUUUUCCCUGGCAGUUGGGCCGGUCAAACGUAAUAGUACCGGUUUCGUUGCGAAACCCGAGUCUUUGGCGCUUGCAAGCACUGGCGUGAAGGAAAUUGCAUAUGACCCUGGUCAAUUAUCUUGUAUUGUGAAGUCUGGACCAGUUACUAGGCCAAAAAUUGAUGCCAAGCCUCUUAAUGUGGCUGUAUCACUUGUAGAAUCACUUUCUCAUAAUGAACAACAGGAGGCGUUGGACGGGCGGCCAGUGAAGAUACAUCCUUUGCUACAAGCACUUCAAGAUUAUGUUGAUGAUGAAGCCAAAGCAAAUAUUGAGGCAAGUUUGACCUCAAUUGCGUCGGCAAAAGUCAAGUUCUUGCCAAACUCAGAUGCGUUUAUUCCCUCGCCACUUCGCUUGACAGUGGGAAAGCUUUCAAUAAAUCGUGCAACAGCUAAUCAGCUGCGUCUUCAUUUGUGCUCCGAUCGCUUCAAGUACUGGCGUUCUGAGUACACAAAGCUACAGUACCCGAAAAAUAGUCGUCAGCAGAAGAAGGAACAGCAGCGUCAGGCUUUUCUUGCGUUUGACCAAGUUGCGUUCGAAGAGCGUGCUCACCAGGAAGCGGUAAAACUUUGGAGGAGUUCCGAUCAGUUUAAGCUACGAGAUGACGAGAUUGCAUUGGGUAUUCAAAUGGCUGCUUCGGACGCGAUGGUGACAUGGCAUCAAGAGCCAGAUGGAAUUCAAGAGUGGUCUGCACACUCGAAUCUUAAGGUCACUACAGCAAGUGCGCUGGAAAAGGGCGAAACACUGAACCGCGUGCAGCCUUAUCUACAAAGCCUGUUGUUGCUUCUUAAAAAGGAAGACAAGAACGAAGUUGAAGUCGGGAAAGGUAAGUGUGCCCGGCGAUGGAUGAGCUUUGAGGAAUACACUCAGGUGUCGACGAAAUUACGUGGAACUAAACGAAUUAAGUGCGUCCGCGUGGAGGAAGUGCCGAAAUUGUGUGUGUCCACGCUCGAGUCCAGCUAUCACGUUGACCAUGCUAUCCUUUCGGAAUAUUUAUUGCGUGAUUUGUAUCCGGUAGCUGCGCCAAAACCAUUAGAUUACGUAAUUGUUUGCCCGCAGUCUCCGGCGCAGUGGUUUGCUUCGCUUGCGCUAUCUUAUUUUACCUGUUUCCGCAGUAUGUAUGCAAAAUGCCACAUGGGCGAUUUGGCCCCCACUGAUCUGGGUGAAGUGGAAGGAAAUCGGUAUGUAAGUGUAGAUCCUUUUAAUGGACUACUACUUGUUGACUGUGCCGAGUGUAUGCUGGAUCCCUUUGCUAAUUUUCGUGCCGCUGGAAAACUUCUGAAUCCUGUAUUGUUAUCUGGUACUGUCAAAAAGACACAGGCCUUUUCACGGUCCGCUGUCGCUAGUGUCGUAUACUUGAUAGUUCCAUUUCGCCGAAGCGAUGUAAAGCAUAAAAUGUGGAUUUUAGGAGCGUUUUCAAGCGGCUUGUUUGGAAUGGAAAAUAUUGCCGAUGUCAGCGGCUGGAAGGGUUGUGUGACGAUAGAGAUGGUCUAUUUGGAUGACAUGUAUGAGGUGGAGAUAAACCCAAGCCCAUUUAUGCUGAUGCCAGAUUGUUUUGGUCUCUACGAUCGUGUUUGUGAGAAUCUAAAUUUGAAGCCAGCUGAUGGAGUUUCUAGUUGUGCCAGUCAAUCUCGGUUUCUUUGUGAGCGUCUGUACCACUUAGCUGAUUGGCGAGCAGAUGCGCUCGAUGAGAAUACGCAAGGUCAGGCGGAGCGGCCGCACAUUUAUGGCGGGUAUCUGCUCUCAGAGGACCGCAAAUGGAUCGCGUGCAGCUGCACGGACGCAGUCGGUUCAGUUUUCGAAACACAUAUGAUUCCUGUCGAAGAUGGAAGUGAUCUUGAAAACGCUCUGCUUACGGUGAUGCUGAAAAUGCUGCAAUUUCUUGCAUUAUUUGGCGAAAAGAGUGCGCUUGUAAUCACGCGGCUGACUAGUAUGUCUGGGGCGUCGUGCUUGAAUAACGAAGAGCAGGCUGCAUGGGAGACGCUACGAUCCAAUCGAUUGGAGGAGCUGAUACCAGUAGCAUAUACACCGCUUCUAUCGUGUGUAUUGCUUCUGCAGCUCAAUACAGCAUCGAAUGAGGAGGUACAGCUGCGUGAAAAUCCGUCGUCUGCAGCUUUAUAUGUUUCUGACAACCUCGGAUUCGCUGUCAUGGCUCCCCAAGAGAGGACUGCUGCUUGUGACAGCAGUAGAGCUGUACUUUGUACUGGUAGUGAUGCCUGGAAAACCACCUCCUUGCUGCACGAUCAGCAUACUCUAGCCCAAAAGCGAGAGGCAAGGGUUUUGAAAGUGACAUUAGUACUUGCAUUGCUGCAGAAAGAUAGUAACACCGAGAACGGUAGAGUGACAGAACCGGCACCAGCCAGCAUGAUGACUGCUAUUUUGCGGGAUUUCUACGCGCAGUCGUACUUGACGCUGCACCCGAUCACAAUGGAGAGACAAUCACCAUUGCCUCAUCACUUGGCUGCUAUUUCAAAGAUGAGCCGCGAGUUACAAGUAUUGAAGACUCAGCUGACAACGGACCCUUUGCAGACGCGGUGA